AUGGUAGAAGUUCAUGAUGGUUGGGAAAAUGUGGGAUGUAUCAAAGAUGACUUGUACAAGGGAAUCUGUAAAAAAUAUUCAACGUGGGAUGAUUGUGACACGUCCACAGCAAUGGGUUAUCUCGAAGCAAAAAAAGGGCCGGACAACAUGUUUUUCUACAAGUAUGAUGUAGAUAAAGAAAAUAGAUUGAAAAAUUUAUUCUGGUCUGACGGGACUUCCCAGGUUGAUUACCAAUUAUUUGGUGAUUGUUUGGCUUUUGAUUCUACUUACAAAACCAAUAGGUACGGAAAGUCAUUAGUAAUACUACUUGGGUCUAAUAAUCAUGACAAAACGUGUGUGUUUGGAGCUGCACUUCUUGAUAAUGAGACUUCGACCACAUAUGAUUGGGUAUUGGAAACAUUUUUAAAGUGCAUGGGUGGUAAGAUGUCGUCAGCAGUUUUGACGGACGGUUACAAAGCAAUGAACAAAGCACUGGAUAAUAUUAUGCCUGGUGUUCCACAUCGUAUUUGCUCGUGGCACAUACUAAAAAAUGCAAUGCACCAUGUACACAAUAUAGCAUUCCAUCAAGAAUUGAAGAAAUUUAUUUUCAGGUAUUACAAGGAGGAAGAAUGGGAGGAUAAUUGGAAAGUGACUGUGAAGAAAUAUAGAUUGACAGGAAAUGCAUGGGUGGAAGCACAAUAUGGCACAAGAAAGCAGUGGGCAGAUACUUUUCUUCGUGGUAUUUAUUUUGGUGGAGCUACUGCUACCGGUAGAUGUGAAUCUAUGAAUGCAUUCUUGAAAAGAGAUUUGCAAAAUAAAAUACCAUUGUGGAUGUUUAUACGACACUUUGACCAUGCUUUAUCUAUGUUGUGUUACAACGAGAUGAAAGAACACUACAAAACUAAUUUGACUGAACCGGUUUUGAACCAGACAACUAUGUCGUGUGUGGAGGAUGAAAUUUCUUCAAUUUUCACAAGGGAAAUUUUUACAAGGAUAAGAAAGGAGAUACGGCGUGGCGAUAAUUAUAUUGUCCUAAAGGAUGAUAAGAUACCAGGUUACACUCUUUGUUUGGUGAAAAAAUAUAUUGGUUCUGGAUUAAAGCGCAAAGUGUUAAUCUCCAACGAUGGGGAUGAUGUGCGAUGUGACUGCUAUUCUCUUGAGACAAAAGGAAUUCCAUGUAGACGUAUUUUUAUUUUAUUGAAGAAUUUGGAGAGAAGAAGUUUGCCAAUUUAUUUGGUAAAUAGACGUUGGCUAAAAGAUGCUAAAGAAGUUCAACUGUUAACUCAAGGUAAUGAAAGAAAGUGUCCUCAUCCUGAAGUUAUUGAAAAUUCUAGGUACGGUGGUGUAACCACACAAACUACUAUCACGUCGUACCUUGCUACAAGAUCACGAGAAGCAUUUCAAAAGGCUAUGAAAGUUAUAUCAGAGUUGAAUGCAGAAUUGGAAAAAAUGCCACCAGAUGAAGAGUUAAAACAUCCUCAAAAUGAUGAAGGAAUAUUUCCUAAUAAUAUUUUGGACUCUCAGAUUAAAAAAACAAAAGGCAGACCAACUACAGCCAGUUUGUCGAAAUCAUUCUCUGGAGGUGCAAAGAAGAGAAAACCAAAAAAAUCGCUAUUACAUUGCAAGUAUUGUGGUGAGGUUGGACAUGAUUCAAGGAAUUGUCCUAUGCAGCCAAAGUCCACUACAAAGAAAAAUGGUCAUUCGAAGAAUAAGAAGAAAAAAAUCAAUCCAUGA